CACCUGCGGGAAACUUCGAGACGAAAGCACACGCGACGCCUGUCAAAUUAUUUUGCCGCAUAAAGUUUUGGAAUGACUCAAAUUAAGUUUGUGGAUGUUGACAUUUCUUCAAAAGCAUGACCGAGUGGCUACAAUGUUUGGUUUAUUUCUCAUUGAUGUGGCCCCUCAAACCCAUGGGGGCAUUUCCACGGUCCAGCCGAGACGUGGGAGGCAGCAGGACACAGCGGGACGUCCCCUGCAUAGAGAACCUGGAGUACCAACAGGGCAACAUCUGCUGUUUAAACUGCCCAGCUGGUACACGUCUGAUAUCGCCCUGUGACAGAGCAGGACGGAGGGGCCAGUGUGAGGAGUGUGACGAUGGGACAUACACUGAGCACGACAACGGACUGAAGCACUGUUUCAAGUGCACACAGUGUCACUCAGAUCAGGAAAUUGUAAGGCCCUGUACUCACACUCAAGAUGCUGAAUGUCAGUGCAAACUGGGGAGAUUUUGUGACCCUGACGAUGCAUGUGAGGUGUGCAAGAGGUGUUCAAGGUGUGGAACGGAUGAAGUGGUAGUGAGGAACUGCACCCCCACUGCCAACACAGAGUGCAAAAAAAUCCAGCCCAUCUCUGACUCCGCCUCAGCAGGGACCUCUGUGACUUUGGUAUGUGUGGUGGCUGCUGGUGUUGUGCUGGUUAUCGGGAUAAUGGUCUUUAUAUUCGUAAGGAGACGUAGAGCAACAGGCUCUCAGAGAAAUCCUGACGGGCUAAAAGCUGGACAGCAUCACAGCGACACCUGUCCCGCUGAGGAAAGCAGUAAUGGGGAAACCCGCAGGCCAAGCCGCAUGAAUCUGAUCCCAUCCAGGCAACUGGUGAGAGCCUUAUCCUCCGCCGGUACGGAGGAUGAGCGCAAAGUGCUGUGUGAAAGCCUCAGCAGCUCAGCCAGUAACUCCCAGCACAGUCUAACUGGCCCGCCCUGCUCUGCCUUCCCUGCACCUCCCCCCCCUCAAGCCAGCCCCGUGGUCCUCAGGCAGCCCAACAGGGAAGAUGAGCAAUUUCCCAUGCUUGUUCCUGUGAAUGGUGAAGAGUCUCUCAGGAGCUGCCUUCCGUAUGUCGAAGAAAUAGACUACGACCUUCACAAGAGAUUCUUCCGUCACCUCGGGAUCAAUGACAAUGAGAUCAAAAGCAGAGAGAGCCUUCCAUAUGAUGACAAGAUCCAUGAGUUGCUGAAGGUUUGGAUGGAGAAAAGGGGCAGAGAAGCCAGUUUAAAUGACCUGCUGAAGGCCUUACUUGAUCUGAAUCAUAGGCGCACCGCUGAGAUCAUCAAGGAAAAGGCCCUUGACAAUGGUCAUUAUGUCUGUAAGUGUUAAUGAGGGGUGGAUAUUUUCACCCCUCUGAAAACAUGUAGGUCUGUGAGUACCACUUAUGGUGUUAGUUCCUUGUUGCUGGAAGCUGAUGAACCAUCCAAAACUGGUUGGAGUAGCUCGCACAAGGCUACUGCCCAUAGUAGUGUUUUGGCUUAGAUAGUUUGUCUGUUCAGUUGUGGUAAAAGAAGAGAAUUCAUGAGUCAUGUAGUCUCAUAAAUAUCACUCAUGGUGUGAGGUCCUUGUUGGAGUAAAGUUGUGUAUCGUCCAAUACUGGUCAGAUUAGCAAAUCGCAAGGCUACCACCCAUAGAAGAACAUAUACAAAGUGCAUGUUUUACUGAAGCUGCUGCUACUUCAGUAAAGGCACUGUACCGUACUGUACAGCUCUGCUGGGGAAAUGCAGGAUGUUGUUUGGGUAUACCACAUGCCUGCGUGACCUCACACACACACACUCCAAAAAGACAGCUUGAAUUCAGUUGUUUUUGUCUGACUGAAGUGAUUUAUUCCUUCAGCUCUACAUGGAGUAAAGUAUUUAAUUACAAGAAGUGUUUGCUGUCUUGGGCACCAGGUGUGCAAAGACCAAAGAAGAAAAAUGAGCUUAAAUCAUAAGACAGGUUGAUUGUUCAUCAGACCUUAUUGAUGAUUUAGCUCUGUUAAUUUUCAUAUUUAUUCAGUGACCAAAAUAACUAUUUUUCAAUGAGAAUGAAUGUUUUAACGCAUGCACUGAUUGAUCAGUAGAACAUGUGAAGCAUUGAACAAAAUGCUGAUAUUUAUGAUGGUGGAGAGCAGUUGUGUUUGGAUUUAUUUAAAUAGUAUGCUCUCUGCCUGUAUUAUUGAUUGAAAUUGAUGUUUUGAUCAUGGUUCAGGUCAGCUACUUUACUCACUCAAAGCACCUGAUCAAAAUGGAUUCAUGUUUGUUUUUGUUUUUUUUUAAUCUCUCCCUGUCUGUGAUGUGUUUAUGGUCUGUUGUUACAGUUCUGUCAUAAUACUGAUCAACACUGACAUUUUAGAGGUUUACAGAACCACAAGAGGCUGUGCUGUGGGCCUCUGGUGUGCCUCACAAAAGUGCUUUGUUUACCUUACAGAGAGACUAAUCACAAUGUUUCACACAUUGGCUACUUUGACUUUUCUACUUAUCUGUUGCUUUCUCUCCUAGAGAUCCUGUAGUGUUUGUGAAACUAUUGUUUGUUUCUGAUAUUUUCAUAUGUACAUUUUAAUGAAUUUUACAGACCUCUGUAAGGUUCUUGUUUUUGUUUUUUUUUAAUACUUGAAUGUGAAUGAAAAUAAACACUUUGUCUUGAU